GACGACGAGGUAAUGAUGAAAAUGGCAAAGUUUUUUAUGACUUGUGCUAAAGAAAAACCUGUGGACGUGGGAGAUUUAAUGAAACUACAACAAUUGGAAGUUCCGACUAAACCAGAGGUGAAAUGUCUCCUCGCCUGUGCUUAUAGAAAAUUUGGAACUAUGAAAGCCGAUGGUAUGUUUGAUCUUGAGGCAGGCUAUAAGUUUGCCGAAGAAGUUAAAGAAGGAGACGAGAAGAGGCUAGAAAACGCAAAGAAACUGGCUGAUAUUUGCUAUAAAGUAAACGAUGAACCAGUAAGCGAUGGAGAGAAGGGAUGCGAUAGAGCUACACUGAUGUUCAAGUGCCUCAUUACUCAAGCUCCAAAGCUGGGAUUCAAGGUGCAACUUGAUCCAUCAAAACUAGGUGAUAUUAUGAAAACAUGAACAAACUUGACGAUGCCACUUGAUGCAACUAUAUAAAAAGGACAG